CAUAACUUCCCUCGGCGGGGCAAGGUUUGAGCGGCGCCCGCUGGCCGUGGACCUCGGGGAUCCUAAAAGCUACGCGCCGCGGAGAGAUUCCGCCUUUCCGGCCCUUGGAAAGCCUCCGGCCGUUUCUUCUUCUUCCUGCAAGCAACUCCCGCGGCCGCCUCGCUUCUUUCCCAGCUCCCCUCCUGCAAGGAUGGGGGCAGGCGCCUUGGCCAUCUGUCAAAGUAACUCAGCCGUCAGGCUUAAAGAAGAUGUGAAAAAGAUGGCUGUCCCGCCUCCGAGCAGACAGAAGGGGUCCUGUCACCACCGGAGGUUGUUUGGCAUUAGUCUUCAGGAAAUGCAGCAAGAAGGGCUCAGCACGUGUGGAAUCCCAACCGUGGUGUGGGAUAUUGUAGAAUAUCUGUCUUGGCACGGUCUCGAGCAGGAAGGUCUUUUCAGGGUGAAUGGUAACCUGAAAACAGUGGAACAGCUGCGCACAAAGUACGAGGGUGGAGAUCAAGUAGAUCUCGCCGCAGAGGCUGACGUAAGCUCAGCCGCCAGUUUGCUGAAGUUAUUUCUGCGGGAGCUGCCAGAUCGGGUGAUCCCGUCGGCCCUUUACCCCAAAUUCAUCCAGCUUUAUCAAGCCAGCCAGAAGUGUGGUCUGGAGACUAGCGGUUUAAGAGACCUUCUGAGACAGAUGCCCGAGACUCACUAUUGUCUCCUUAAGUACCUUUGCCAUUUCCUGAAACAGGUUGCCGAGCAUCAUUCUGAGAACAAAAUGACUGUUUCCAACCUUGCUACUGUUUUUGGACCAAACUGUUUUUGUGUCCCACCUGGCUUUGAAGGGAUGAAGCAGCAGGAAAUCUGUAACAAAAUUAUGGUCCACAUGUUGGAGAACUACAGUUCCUUGUUUGAAUGGGAGCCUCAGAAGAAGCAAGGAGAAUGCAAAGAGUCACCGAAAAUUAUAUUGGUGAAAGAGGCCCGUUGCAAGUCAUCUCCUCCAAUCUUGUUGAAGACCCUUGAGACAGAAACGCCCAAGCCGAAACCAAGAACAAAG